CGUUCGUUCGUUCGUUCGUUUGCUGUGUUGCAGCAGCAGGAGCAGAGGCAGAGGCGCAGAGGAGCAGUGGCGUUCGAACGGGAGCAGCCCGACGAUGGGGCCCCAACGCGAGCCUGACAAGGCCUGGACCAGUGCACAGUGAGUGAGUGAUCUGUGAACAGAACAGUCCAAACGACUGCGAUGGCUAAUGUGAGCUAGCCGAGUGCUUGCCCGACGCUCCUCGCGAGUGGAGCCCGUGGAUGCUGUGGACCUAUUGGUUGUUUUUCACGCGAGGAACUAACACACGACUGCAAACCAGAGUGGCGUGUAGUGCAAUGGACUGCGCCGCAGGGCGGCCUCUCGCGAUGGGGCAGGCCCCGUCGUCGUGCCCGUCACAACCUCGUCCGUCUGUGACUAUUACUACCAAUACUACAAUUACUGCCGCUGCUGCACUGAGCCUGUGCCCCGCAGGGCGCGCGCGGCCUCCCCGCCGCCUAGCGCUGCCUACUAACUAACUCCGUUUGAGCAACUUGCGGAAAACGGGACGGCUCCGAGCGAGCCGCGUGUCGACCGGGCGCGCGGGCCCGCGCCUCUCAGAGUGAGCCGUGAGUCGACAACCCCCAUCGGAGACUCAUGGUACCCUUCGUUCCGUGGCCACCUCGUCCGCGGAAUAAACAUCAGGUAAGUUAUCCAAGCUCGCCUUCCAAUCUACGAUCCUCAGUCAGCCCAUUUCCGUUGUAAGCAGUGAACGCGAUGGCGGCGGUGAUCGAUGUCUGCUCCGAACGAACACCGUCAAUAGCAAACAGAGAAAUGAAAUCCUCACGACUUGCAUCCGCCCCGAAUAACCCCUCCACCUCUUCCGUCCGUUGCCUCCACAGAGGGCAGUUAUGGGAAGCCACUGCCCCGUGGUUUAAUACGAGGCCAUAUCUACACCCGUCAGGAUUCCGCGCCAUCUCUACGGCUACCACUAAGGCCACCGUCCUCGGAUUCAUCACCCCCAUUGCCAUCGCCACUACGGUUGCGUUCGUCGCCUUCACAGCAUUACACCGCAGCCAACGCCGCAGUCAGCGCUGCGGUCGUUCAAUUCGUUACCACCAGCACCUAUGGAUGAGGAUAACCAACUAGCUACCAACACGUACAUGCAGCGCAUUAGCUAAGGAGAUUCUAUACAGCCGCAGAGGGAACGGAGCCGACUGGAACGGUGCGCGAUAUAGCUGGCCAGCUAAUCUACUAGUCAAUGCAAUAGCUGACUCAAAGGAUGACGCCAACGAUGAUGAUGAUGGUGGUGGAUGGAUAUAUGCUGGCAGCGUGCAAUCCUUGUUGGGCUUAGGAUGUGUCUAAUAUGCUGCAAGCAGUUCCGCUUGUACACCUCACGUGUGCGCUAUCUCGUCGACUAUUUAAAUAUAUUUUCUCUCCUUUUAUAAGUGGUCCCUCACGCGCGUGCCUUCAAUGCUGUGUUCAAUGGUCAUCCUUCGAGAAGUGCGCGAUAGUUUGUGUGGUGUACACUUGACCUAAUAGUGUGUUGACUUGUGUUGAUAAUUGUACAAAAACAGGCCACAUGGAUUUACCGCUACAAUGAUGUACACUCACGGAGUCAUUGACAAAAGGGUGGCAACAUUCUCCGUGGCGUCGCCCCCAUCGAUUCUAUGGGCUGCAAGCAUCCUAUAUUCUGUGCCAUGCUAGCCUCGGAGAUGCGCCCCUGUGUCGAGCAAAGGAGUGAAUCGAAGACUGCGAGAGGCGUCUUUUUUCGGGAUACGCAUCAUCCUAGCGCGCUUAGCAUCAGCCUGCACCUAACCCAAACCAGCAGGAGCAAAGGUAGUACAUACAGCAGUGAAGUUGUAAUCCACCCACCUGCCAGAAUACCCGAGUUUGGUUCUGGUGUCGCCGACUGGCGCUCGAAGUCGACAUCAGGCCUUGGCAUUUUGCUCAGAAGUAUCGACGCAAUAUUCAGUUCGUCAACCCUCGUAAGAGUCUCCCCGAAGCGUCUUCAAUCGUUGGAUCUCCGGCGUCAUCGCAGCGCCGCGCCAGGCCGGCCUCGUAGGAGGGAAGGCGGCUGCGGGGCCGCGAUAGCUGCGUCCUGCGGUCGCGGCUGUAGAAGCAGCAGGAGCACGAACAGCAACACUAGAAGAAAGAAAACCGGCCGAAGUAGAAGAAACAGUGACCACUGCCACGGCGACGGCCGCGUAAGGCCACUUAGGCCUAACGCUUUUGCACCGAACCGCUUUUACAUCGAGAGAAGAAACCGAAUCGUCGUUGAGCGAAGCCAAGAAAAUAAUCCGCCUACUGACAGGCUUGGCCUUAUAGGCCACAGCUUUAACGACCACACCAACACCAAGUCCACCAUCAAACACACCAAGCAUUCAAACAUCAAUAAUAAUAAUAUUAAUCAUAAUAACAGCACUAACAAUAAUAAUUAUAUUAAUAAUAUUAUUUGUAAUAAUAAUAAGGUUUUCAACAGCAACACUAGCAAAAGCAGCAACAACAUCAAGAACAACAACGACUGUCACAUCGAUACCAACAACAACAUCAACAAUAGCUACAGCAGCUACUGCAAGCCCUGA